AUGCGUGCCUGUGGCUGGGAUGACUUCUUUCUGGUUCUUGUGGUGAUCUCGCUAUCGGUCGGAACCAUUGGCAUCUGCAUUGCAACCGAUAAUGGACUGGGCCAGCAUCUGCUUUACCUUGCGCCCAAAGAGAUCGCAGAUUACAUGAGGAUAUUCUACGUUUGCAAUGGAACCCUGCCCAUCUCUACUUGUACAAUCAAAAUUGCCAUUCUUCUGCAAUACCUUCGCAUAUUCGAGCGCGGUACCAAAACGCGCACCUUUACCAUCGUCGUUUUGGUUAUUACGACAUUGUGGGGUAUUGCGUAUACCUUCCUGGCAUGGGUUCCAUGCAUACCUGUUGCUGCGUACUGGGAUUGGACCAUACCGUCCCAAGCUCGCUGGGGUUUCGGAUCUCAGACUGCUGAGAGGUUGAUCUGGACAUACGCAAUUCAUGGGACGACCAACAUGGUUCUGGACUUCACCAUCUACGCCAUACCGCUACCAUUAUACUUGAACAAUAAAGCCAACGAGAAAUCUCGUAAGAGCGUUCUCUGCUUAUUCCUACUAGGAACCGUUGUUUUGAUGCUGACUACCUGGCGCUUCGUCGAAAUACUGAAAUCCCGGGCCGGCACAUAUCCCACACUCGACAUUACGUGGUACACACCGCUGCCGAUGACCCUCGCCAUUCUCGAGAUCGACGUCGCCGCCAUCUGCGCCUCGUUACCCGUCUUCUGGCCUGUGCUACAAAUCAGCAUGGGGGCCAUCUUUGUCACGCGCGAGGUCGAGAUCACCACGGAAACCGUCGACACGCACGCCGAAGACGACAAAUGCCUCGAGAUGGCGGCCCCACAUGCGCUAUGCCAGCAGACGUCCGCGACGAGGUUAGACAGCACGGCCGGCUUGUUCGACCCCGAGACCCACGGGGCGAACGCACUGGCCCAGACGACCCCGGACCCCAGCCCGGAAAAGGGGGCGGCGAUAAUAUUCGGCGCUUACAUGAAGGGGAAGACGACGUGCGACGUGGAAGCAUUGAGGGCUGGGUGA